AUGGCCAGUGCCACCGGGAAGACUCGUGGCCUGAAGAAUAUGGAGCUGAAGCAGAGGCCUGGGCCCCUACAGGAUGCUCAGCCGCUCUGUACUGCCAGGAAGGGACCUGGUACCAGUGGCAGCAGCAUCUGUCUGCUUCCAGCUCUGCUGCUGCCACUGCUGCUGUGGCCCAGCACGCUCUGGACAGGAUGUGGGGCUGCACCGCUGGACCCAGCUAGACCCCCGUCGGUGUCACUGCCCCACAGCUUCAUGCUCAAGAGCUCAGAGCAGGCGCGGAGGGUCCAGGCUGAGGCUAUGGUGAUGCAGGAGAAGCUGUGUGCCACCCACCGGCUGUGCCACCCUGAGGAGCUGGCGCUGCUGGGCCACUCUUUGGGCAUCCCGUGGGCUUCCCUGAGGAGCUGCUCCAGCCGGGACCUGCAGCUGCUCGGCUGCCUGCGCCAGCUUCAGGCUGGGCUCAUGCUGUACCAGGGCCUCCUGCAGGCGCUGGCGGGAAUCUCCCCUGCACUGUCAUCCUCUGUGGACCUGCUGAGGCUGGAUGUCGCUGACUUUGCCACCACCGUGUGGCAGCAGAUGGAGGACCUGGGGGUGGCCCCAGCCGCACAGCCCACCCUGGGCACCGUGCCCGCCUUCACCUCUGCCUUCCAGCGCCAGGCCGGUGGGGUGCUGGUGGCCUCGCACCUGCAAGACUUCCUGGAGCUGGCCCUCCGGGCUCUGCGCUACCUCAGCCGGCCCUGAGCCCCACCCACCUAUUUAUCUCUAUUUAAUAUUUAUGCUUAUUUAACUCUCUUAUUUAAACCCAGGGAAGAGAGCCUAGCCCCCGCCUCUGGCUCCGGGGCCCUUCCCUGGGUCUCAAGUUCCCCUCCUGCCUGUAGCACGAGGUGGAGCUCAGUUCCCUGCCCCUUCUGGGCGCUGGAUAGGUAAAUACCAAGUAUUAAUUCCCAGGUCUGUGCCCUGCAGGGCCAGGAGCAUCAGGGUCUCCCGCGUGGGGGACGACAUCCCUGUUUAAUAUUUAAACAGCAGUGUUCCCACCUCCUGACUGGGUCCCCUCCAUUCCCCAACUCCCACCCCUCCCCAGCUCUGGAGGAUGGGGGGGGGGGGGCUGGCAGGCUCCACCCUGCCGAAUCCAGUUUUUCUUUCUGUGGUUUUUGGGCGGGCUUUGACUCCAGGGUGCCUGCCCCAGCCCUCACCAAGGUGGGGUUCUCUGAGGCCCAGAAGGGGAUGGAGAGAAAGACAAAGGGUCCAAGGAGGCCCUGCCCUGCUUUCUCACUGUGACCAAGUUUGAGAACAAUAAAGUUGCUGGUUCCUGA